AAUUUUAAUAACCCUGUGUGGAUGGGGCGUUGUGUGUUAAGUAAUCCCUAUAGAUAGCUGGACUUUAGAGGACGCUGGUGAGGAGUGAACCAUGUGGGAGGAAGCAUGGCCACUCAGCAAGAAAGCACCCCCUACACCUUGGGCAAGGGCAGGUCCAUCGCGGUGCUGACCAGUGGCGGAGAUGCCCAGGGGAUGAACGCCGCGGUGCGAGCUGUAGUCCGAGUCGGAAUCUACACCGGAGCCAACGUAUUCUUCAUCCACGAGGGAUACCAGGGGCUGGUGGACGGAGGCGAAAACAUCCGAGAGGCAACCUGGGAAAGUGUCUCCAUGAUGCUCCAGUUGGGUGGCACCGUGAUUGGCAGUGCCCGCUGCAAGGAUUUCCAGACUCGGGAAGGGCGGAUGAAGGGAGCCUACAACCUGGUGAAACGGGGCAUCACUAACCUGUGUGUGAUCGGUGGGGACGGAAGCCUGACCGGAGCCAACCAAUUCCGCACAGAAUGGAGCGGACUGUUAGCCGACCUGGUCAAACAGGGGAAGAUCUCCAUGGACGAAGCCAAGAAGUCGGGGCACCUGAACAUCGUGGGGAUGGUGGGCUCCAUCGACAAUGAUUUCUGUGGCACCGACAUGACCAUCGGCACCGACUCAGCUCUGCACCGCAUCAUGGAGGUGGUGGACGCCAUCACCACCACGGCCCAGAGUCACCAGAGAACCUUUGUGCUGGAGGUGAUGGGACGUUACUGUGGGUACCUAGCUCUGGUGACGGGGUUGGCUUGUGGCGCUGACUGGGUCUUUAUCCCCGAAUCUCCACCAGUAAACAACUGGGAGGACAUCCUGUGUCACCGUCUGAAUGAGAGCAGGCUUCGAGGCUCCAGACUCAACAUCAUCAUCGUGGCUGAGGGGGCGAUAGACAGAUCGGGUAACCCCAUCUCGUCGGACUAUGUGAAGGACCUGGUGACAAAGCGUCUGGGCUUCGACACGAGGGUCACUAUUUUGGGUCACGUCCAGAGAGGUGGGACACCCUCUGCCUUCGAUCGGAUUCUGGGCAGUCGGAUGGGGGUUGAAGCCGUCAUGGCAUUGCUGGACGCCAAGCCCGACACGCCCGCCUGUGUGGUCAGCCUCUCGGGGAACCAAGCCAUCAGGCUCCCACUGAUGGAGUGUGUGCAGAUGACUAAGGACGUGACCAAAGCCAUGCAGGAGAAACGCUUUGAAGACGCCACCAAACUGCGGGGAAGGAGUUUCGAGAGCAACUGGAAUACGUAUCGUUUGCUCUCACAUCAUGACCUGCCACCCACCAAGACUAACUUCAGCAUUGCGGUGCUGAAUGUGGGGGCUCCGGCGGCCGGGAUGAACGCCGCAGUGCGAUCGGCAGUGAGGGUGGGGCUGACCCAGGGCCACCAUAUGCUGGUGGUGCACGACGGCUUCGAUGGCCUGGCAGAGGGCAAGAUUAAAGAGUGUUCUUGGGCUGAUGUGAGCGGUUGGACCAGUCUGGGGGGCUCACAGCUCGGGACAAAGCGGACUCUCCCAGGAAAGUACUAUGAAGAGAUCAGUGCAACCAUCACUAAGUUUGGCAUCCACGCUCUACUCAUCAUUGGUGGCUUUGAGGCGUUCAUGGGUGGGUUGGAGAUGGUGGAAGGCCGGGCCAAGUACGAGGAGCUGUGUAUUCCCCUCAUCAUCAUCCCAGCAACCGUCUCCAACAACGUCCCCGGCUCCGACUUCAGUGUGGGCGCUGACACAGCCCUCAACACCAUCACCUCGACGUGCGACAGGAUUAAACAGUCGGCUGCGGGCACCAAGCGGCGGGUGUUCAUCAUCGAGACGAUGGGCGGUUACUGUGGGUACCUGGCCACCUUGGCCGGCCUUGCGUCUGGGGCGGACGCUGCAUAUAUCUACGAGGAUAAUUUCUCCAUCCACGACCUGAAGAUCAAUGUGGAGCAUUUGACGGAGAAAAUGAAGACAACGGUCAAGAGAGGCUUAAUCCUCAGGAACGAGAAGGCAAACGCUCACUAUUCCACCGACUUCAUCUACAACCUGUAUUCGGAGGAGGGCAAAGGAGUGUUUGACUGCAGGAAGAAUGUCCUGGGGCACAUGCAGCAGGGUGGAACACCGACUCCGUUCGAUCGGAAUUUCAGCACCAAGAUGGGAGCCAAAGCCGUGCUGUGGCUGACGUCCACGCUCAAGACUUCGACCAGACACGGCCACAUCUUCGCCAACACCCCCGACACGGCCUGUGUGCUGGGCAUGAAGAAGAGGAGCGUGAUUGUACAGCCCCUACAGGAGCUAAAGGCGCAUGUGGACUUUGAGCACCGCCUUCCCAAGGAGCAGUGGUGGUUGAGGCUGAGGCCAAUCCUGAAGGUUUUGGCCAAGUAUAAGGUCACCUCGGAGUUCUCGGAGAAGGCCCAGAUGGAGCACGUGGUCCGCAAGAAUUUGUGAGCGGAGCCCCGUUUGGGGGUCGAGUGGGGGGGGGGGGUGAGAAGCCCAGGGGAAUGGGGAAAGGGGGAAGCCCAGGGGAGAGGGGGGGAAGCUGCCCCUUUCACCAUGACGGUAGCUAACGGCCGGAGUAGGUUCAGACCAUCACGUUGCGCUGUGUUGUGAGUGUGUAAUGUCUCCUUCACAGGAUGGGGGUUAGGGUUAGGGUCUCAAAGCACUUCACAGAAUAGAUAAAAGUGUAUUUUCUGGGCGAAACCCCCCCUCCUCCCCAAAUCCUUAGCUAAAGGCCACUUUUGGCCCAGUGCCUUGAGAGGUGUUUGAGGACGGGUUUGACUGUGUGUUAUUAGGGGCUCAGCUAUUCUGUGGUGUUCAGCCUUUAGAAGCUGCAGCUUCUUUGCGAGCGAGAGACAGAGAGUGACCGCGCGCGACUCUCACCGCUGAGAGUCUGACUGUGCUCCGAGCCGAGGGUAGUGUUUGCUGUGAUUUCGAUGCUCUGUAUCUGCAUGUUCCUCCGAGAUCGGCCGCGGCUGCGGCCGUUCGAGUAAAUAAUAAACCGUUGCACUCCUC